GAGAGUUUUCGAAAAAUUCCCUGCGAAGUCGGGUCCUGGAGAAGCGACAAGCGGCGGCGGCUGUUCUCAAUUUUUUUUAUCAUCGUUCCAGCCGCGGCAACAGAUGAGCAGUGGAGAAGGAGCGAGUCGUUGGGUCAAGCAUCCCGAAAUUGUUUGCUAUCCGGGCACAAUUUUGAAGCAGACAGACUUGGAUCAAUAUGAAAAUCUUCGUUGGCGAGCAUUGAAUGACGGUACAAGGGUGAUUGAUCUGAUUGUGCCAGCAAGAGAUGGCCGCGCUUGGCGAAUGCAAAAAGGUGACCUGUGCCGCAUAAGUGUUCCUAUUGGCCCGCAAGUGGGCGACCUGAACAUGUGGAACGCCAACAAUCCUGCCGAGCACUUUUACAAUGGCAAGACGCGGCAAAUCCACGCGGCGCAUCUGACUGUCGGCGACCGGCUGUGGAGUUGCCUGCCCAAUUUAAAUCCAAUGGCCACAAUUGUUGGAGACUCAAUUAAAUACGGAAUCGACGAAGAAGGCGCCGGCAUACAUGACGUCAUUGGAACAAGGUGCGAUCAAUACACUGCAAGGCUUAUAAGUGGUUUGGAGGUCACUUCGUCUUGUCACCAAAAUUUGACAAAAGCCGCAGCCGAAUUCGGUCUUGGCGAGGAGAACGUGCACGACGUCCUCAACGUCUUUAUGUGCACCGGAUUCCGAAAAACGGAUCACAAAUAUUUCUGCAAACCCACACCUGCGAGGAAAGGCGACUUUUUGGAAUUCGCCGCCGACAUGGAUGUAAUCGUCGCCCUCAGCGCCUGUCCGCAGGGAGACGUUUCCAUUCCGGUCGGCCAAGUUGUCCCUGACGAAAAGUGUCAUCCCUUGAAGGUGGAGGUCUUCAGAGCUGCCAUCGAACUUUGAUAAAUAAAAUUUGAAAAGAAAAGAAAUGAGGAAAGUGCUAAAUAAUUUCAUUAUGUACGCGUGGUUUCUUUGAAGAAACGAAUCAAAUUAUUUUUUAUUAUAAUAAUGAAUUAAUGGUUUUAGCGCAAAUCAAAUUGUAAAAUAACAAUUUUAAAUAUGGCAAA